UGACAUCCCUAGCUAAGCCAUACGACAGCUCAGUCAUACCACGAAGUAAUGCUGAGUUCUUUGAGAGGUUUCAGGCCAGUGUUACCUGGCCAGGCAUGUCUCAAGCUAGUUAUACAAAAGGCGCCUAGUAAUAAAAGUGUCAAAAGUGGACUACAUUCAUCCAGAUUGUUCAGUUCGUUAAACUCCUCAUACACCACUCAAAAAAGGUUGUCGAAAAUAUACACCUUUUAUUCAAAGAACUCACAAAAGUCCAGAGUCCAGCUUGGAAUCAGCAAUUUGAACAAUAAGAGAUUCAAUUCUUCCGGACCUCAUCAUCCGAAGUAUAACUCCCGUGGUGAAAGAGAAUAUACAGAUGAAGAAGCUGAAGAGAUUUUAAAGGACUUAAAGCACAUUUGGAAAGAUCAAACAGUUUCUCAAAACCAAAAAGUCAUUGAACUUUUUAACAAGUAUGAAAUGGGCGGAUUGAUUUCACCGUCAGCAAGCAAGAUAGUUUCUGCUAUCUUGAGGGACUCAGAAGCUACUGUUCCGGGAGAAAAGGUUGAAAAUGUGCAAAAGUUUCACCAAGCAUUAAUGCAUUAUCAUAUGCACAAGCAAAUGAAGCACAACAAUGAGGAAGAUCCUGUGUUCAAUCCAAAAAAGGAUGAAACUGAUGCUGGCUCUAAGAAGGCAGAAAAAGAGGAGGACCAGAAGGAUGCAAAACUGAAGGAUGACAAGCCCUUUGGCUUCAAAAUUGAAGUUGAGAAGCCAAAAGAUGGUAAGCAAAAACCUUUUGAAUUUAGAAGCCGUCAAUCAAAAGAUAACGGCACGAAGUUUUUAGAAAUGGAGAUAAGGCUAGAUACGAUUUUAUUAUGGCUUGUUGCCGGUGGUUUGUUAGUUUAUACCUUUCUUGCCGAAAGCUUUGAGAAAGAAAUCACUUUUCAGGAGUUUGAGACAUCAUUAUUAAGUAAAGGUUACGUUGAUAAGCUAGUUGUCGUCAAUAAUGAAACGGUUCAAGUUAUUCUCAAUGAUUUUGGUAAAAACCAACCAAUUCAUGAUUCUAAUGUCGAAUAUUAUUUUACUAUCGGAUCAAUCGAUAAGUUUGAAGAAAAGUUGAAGAGAUCACAAGAGGCAUACAAUAUCCCUGAAGAGAAGAGAGUGCCAGUGAUGUACAUUCGCUCCACAAAUAUUUGGAAAAGUUUAUGGAGUAUUCUGCCUACUGUUUUACUAUUUGGUUUCAUAUUCUGGUCAACUAAAAAACUGCUAUCAAGUUCCGGUGGAAUGAGUGGCGGUCUUUUUGGGAACAAAAAAACUUUCAAGAAGUUCAAUGCUGAUGAAAAUGUUAAAAUCACCUUUAACGAUGUUGCAGGUUGUAACGAAGCAAAGGAAGAGAUUAUGGAAUUUGUUAACUUCCUCAAGCACCCUCAAAAGUACGAACGACUUGGAGCUAAGAUCCCAAGGGGUGCAAUCUUGAAUGGUCCUCCAGGAACUGGUAAGACCUUACUUGCUAAGGCCACUGCCGGUGAAGCCGGCGUUCCAUUUUAUUCUGUUUCUGGUUCUGAAUUCGUUGAAAUGUUUGUCGGUGUUGGUGCUUCGCGUGUUCGUGAGUUAUUCAAAACAGCUAGAGAAAAUGCCCCCUCGAUUGUUUUCGUUGAUGAAAUCGAUGCCAUCGGUAAAUCCAGAGGUAAAUCUAAGGGUAUGGGUGGUAACGAUGAACGUGAAAACACCUUGAAUCAGCUCCUCGUUGAGAUGGACGGUUUCAAGUCAGAUGACCAUGUUGUUGUCUUUGCUGGUACUAACCGUAUUGAUGUUUUGGACCCAGCUUUGUUGAGACCAGGUAGGUUUGAUCGUAAGAUUUAUAUUGGUAAUCCUGAACUGGAUGGUAGAAAGGAUAUUUUUGGUGUUCAUUUGAAGGAAAUCAAGCUAGAUCCCAAAUGUGACUUGGAAGAUUUGAAGGGUCGUUUGGCCACUCUCACUCCUGGAUUCAGCGGUGCUGAUAUUGCUAAUGUUUGUAACGAAGCAGCUUUGAUUGCCGCAAGGAAAAACGACCAAUUUGUUAGACAACCACAUUUUGAACAAGCAAUUGAACGUGUCAUUGGUGGCAUUGAAAGAAAGACUAAGCUUCUUUCACCAGAAGAGAAGCGUGUUGUUGCAUAUCACGAAGCUGGACAUGCUAUUUGUGGUUGGUUCCUUGAAUUUGCAGACCCAUUGUUGAAAGUUUCAAUUGUCCCAAGAGGUCAAGGUGCACUUGGUUAUGCACAGUACCUACCUCCGGAUGUAUAUCUAUACACUACUCACAAGUUACUAGAUCGGAUGACCAUGACUCUUGGAGGACGUGUUUCCGAAGAGUUACAUUUUGAUUCUGUCACAUCCGGUGCUGCCGACGACUUUGAGAAGGUCACAAGCAUGGCACAAAAGAUGGUUCUUGCAUGUGGGUUGUCUCCAAAGGUGGGGUUGGUCAGCUACGAUAUGGAUAGAGGAAACGAUUUUACUAAGCCUUUCAGUGACAAGACUGCCUCUGUUAUUGAUGACGAAAUCCACCGUAUUGUCAGCGAAUGCCACGAGCGUUGUCGUAAAUUAUUAACUGAGAAGAGUGCUGACGUGGAAAAGGUUGCAGAACGCCUAUUGGCAAAAGAAGUCAUCACUAGAGAGGACAUGAUUGAGUUACUGGGUAAGAGGCCUUUCCCUAACAGAAACGACGCUUUCGACAAGUAUCUUGAGGGGAAGCUCACUGAAGAGCCUGCGAAUGAAGAGAAAGACGACAAAAAGAAUGAAGAUGGCGAAGGAGAGGCAAAGAAGGAGUAAGGCUAGGGCGAAAUACUAAAAAAUAACGAGGUGGACGAGAAGCUGUAAGUUUGAACUAGCAGUCUUGUGUCACGGCUAUGAUGGUAUCUUUUUUGAGAAUUUCCAUUUCCCGGAACUCCACUUGCCGUCGUCCCCUCUGCAAAUCCCCCUCCCGUCGAACCUGUACAUACUAUAUAUUAAAAUGAUAGAUAAUAGAACAAAAUAACAUUUUUUUCUGUACUUUAAGCGAAG